UUUACGGGAAAGCAGGAGCUGCUCCCCCAGUGAACCGAUAAAAGGGGAAGCAGCUCCCUCCAAGGGAGCCAGAGCUGUUUGGGCUGUGCGGGACUUCUCGCAGCGCGGCAGCUGCAGGGCCCGGAGGGAGAAAAGGGUUUCGAGCCUUUCCUUCCUGCUGCUCUUCCUCCUGAGUGCUCAAGGGGUUCCCAUCUUCUUCUCCACACCCACCGUGUACCCCAGGCCUGCUGCUGCCACUGUGUUGUGUCCCCUGAGCUGGGGCCCUUGGCUGUCGGUGUCUGCUGGGACGCCAAGGCUGGGAGCAACAGGAGCAUCUGCUGUGAGCCAUGGCUUUGCAGGAGGACACACAGGAGGAGGAUGCAAAGGCCCAGCUCCUGGCAGAGGCAUUUGAGAAGGAAGGACUGGAUGCUGGAUACUGGGUGCCCAAAGUGACACAGAUCUUGGGAAUCAAGUGCAGAGAAGCCCUGCAACAUCUGGAAUAUGAAGACUACCUCAGGCUGGAGUGUGAGGUACAGUACCCCUGGGAGAAAAAGGCACUCCAGAAACUCCUGAACAUAAGAGAUGACAAAACGUGUGAGGAGAUGCAAGAGCAUAACUCUGAGAAGACAAAGCAGAGAAAUGAUGAGGCCAAAAAAGCUCUGAAGGAUCUGACAGAAAUGCACAACAGCCACAGCCAGGAUGCUCUGAGGGAGAAAGCAGAGACCCUGUGGCGAGCCAUGGAGAUUCCCGAACAGUUCUGGCCACCACCAGAGAAACCCUUGGCAGAUAUGCUGGAGAGCAUCCAGAAGCAGCUGGAGCAGCAGGAGCAGUCAGCAGGCAGGAGGGAGAACAUCCCUGACACAGAGGUGCUGAGGAGGGCGUCAGGGGGACUGGCCCUGCAGGGCAUCUACAGAACCAGCAGACCUGAAGAUGUGCUGGCAAAGCGAGAGCAGCUCCUCAGGGUUCCUGAGGGAUUCCAGCUCGCCGGUCCGGAGCAAGGAUCGCUGCUUGAGAGGAAGGAGUUCUCCUCCUCUGCAGCAGAAUCCACUUUCACCAAGUCCAUGGAGCAGCUGGGGUUCAGCAUGAGUGUUUCUGCCAAAUGCUCAUUCUGGGGGUUUAAUCUGGGAGGGAGUGUAGAUCACAGCAGCUUCUUGCAGUCACAGGACAACCACCAGUCCCGCUCUGAGCAGAGCUACUUUUGCACCACCAAGUACCAGUACAUCCCUCUGGCCUCCUGCUACUUCCAAAGGCAUCAGCUUUGCCUCUCGGAUGCGGCUCUGCGGGAGCUGCAAGGCAUGGAGCAGCUUUUGAGCUUCAGUCGGGAAGGAGACAAGGCCAUCUUCCGGAAGAUGUGUGAGAGCUUCUUCAGCAGGUUUGGGUCCCACAUAAACCAGGGUCCCCUCCACUUUGGAGGGAUAUUCUGGUGGAAGGCAUCUACAGAAGGAUUCCGAACUGAGCAGAGGGAAGAGAUAAAACGACAAACUUCUGAAGCACUGAACAGCUUUGUUGGGGCCAGCUGGGGUGGCUUUGGGGCCAGUGUAGAAGGGACCCUGGAUGUUUCCAAAUCGAGCUCAAAGGCUUCUGUCACAGAAAGAGCCAGAGAAAGCUCUUAUACAGCAAUUCAGCUCUACGUGGUCAACACAGGGGGCCCAGCAGACACAGCUUCCCUUCCUCAGUGGAAAACGGGGCUCGUGUCUGAUAACACAACAUGGUGCGUUAUCGACCGUGGCUUUCAGCUGAUCCCAGUGUGGGACGUCAUCCAGUGCAAUCACUGUGGGGAUUUUAAGUCUGUCGAUCAGAUGAGCAGAGCCCUCAGGGCUGCAUACAAAGCGCUGACGAAUCAGAGCGUUGGCACCAUUUUUGGAGAGGAACUGGGCAGUGCAGUGCAAGAGGCCAGAGAUUUCAUGGGGACUGUGAAGGCCUGGGAGGUGACAGAAGCGGAUGAAGAGAAGAUGCUCAUGCUGAUGAGGCUAAAAGAUGAUCUGAGUGCAAAAACCAGGAACCCCAGUGUGUGGAUCAACGUGUGCCUGUCGGACAAAGCCCUGCAGGACCUCCUUGUGAACACCGUGCGGAGCUGCCAGGAGUCACCUCCAGAAAACACCACCCUUAUCAAAGUAAUGUUGAGGAGUCUCCUGAAUCCUCAUAUCUACUCUGUCAAGGACUUCCCUGAAGCUUCCUUCAUUAUGCAAUGGAUCUUCCAGACUGAGCAACCGCUUCCCAGAUCUCCCAAAGUCUCUGAGCUUCAAGAGCUCAUCCAAACUCUACAGCAAAUGAAGGAGCAUAUCUAUGCUGUCACCUACGCACCAGGAAGCUCUGCUUCUGAUGUUCAUGAAGCAAAGAUAAAAGCCACCCUGACCAGCAGCCUGGCCAUUUAUUCCUUACUCCAGUCUCUCAAGGAACAGGCUCAGAAGGACAUGGAACUGUUGGUGCUCUUGAUUGUGACCAGCACAGGGUACCAGGUGGAAAGCAGCACUUUUCAGCACCUCCUUGGACACCCAGAAAUUCAGUACAUGGCCAAGGAAAUGGAAGCGGCACAUGAGGAGUACGUGAACCUGAAGGAGCAAGAUGCUGACAGAGCUGAGGCCUUCCUUCUGCUGACAGGUCUUACUGUGACACCUGAAAGUCAAGAGCUGUCCCUUGAGCAGAAGAGGGAGCGUUUAGUUUUCAUGGAAGAUCACAUGAAAGGCUUGUGGUCCACACGGAUAAACAAUCUCCUCCAAAAGCACCAUGGAGACGAAGACUGGGAGAGGCUUGAACGGGACUUGGAAUCCUUGAUCAGUGGGUGCUUGGAUGACAAAUUUGAUGAACAGAGGAUGCAGAACAUACUGAGUGACCUGGAAGACACUUUCACAACAGAUGAAGCCCCCAGUCAGUCCCAAUCCAAGUCAGACAGCAGUGAAUCCAAAGAAAAUGAAGCCAUUGCAAACCAGGAGUUCCUGCAGUUGCUCAAGCGCCUUGGACUGGAAAGUCACUAUCCAAGAAAAAUGGGGAUGGGAGAUUUCUGCACCAUCUGCAAGACAUCUCUGCAGGACAGCCAGCCCAGCCAGGACACAGAACUGCCAUUUUACUUCUUGCAAAAGCUGUUAACUGUGGAUUACCAGGUGAGGUACCUGACUUGCUGGGAAAGAAGCAACACAGACCUUGCAUCCGUGCCACAAACCAGAGAGCAAGAGAACCAACAAUCAGACACCUUUGAAAUGUUUUUUGAUGAUUCGGAAGAAGCCCCCCCUGAACCUGAAAGCAGGGACAGCCAUGUGCACCCCAUGGACCUGCAGAUGGCCAUUUUCCAUUGUGCUGAUGACUUCCUGAGACAGAUCCUGGCAACCAAGCUGGCCUUCUGCCAACUGGCGCUGCCUCUGCUGGUGCCCAACCCAUGCACUUCACUCAUCGAGUUCCCGCUCUACGCCCUCAGCCAAAUCCAAAGGAGCUGGAAAGAGGUGGAGAAGGCAGGAAGCCAGACCAGAACAAAGAGUUACAACAACAAACUCAUCUUUCAGGCACAGACACCCAUCGUGUCCUUCAUCCGCAUUGGCAGCUCGGCCUCCUCUUCCAAGUCCCAGCUCCUGAACGCUCUGCUGAGCAAACGCAAACACGACACUUUCUUCCACCGCCACUGCAGAGGCAGCACCAGAAAGCGUUUGCUGAUGGAAGGGCUGGUGGAGAUCGCCUGGUACUGCCCCCGUGGAAGCCCCGAUGACACCUUUGAGCGCUGUGUGGCUUUCUGUAACCUGCAUGGAGAUGCCAGGGAUCACGGAGCACAGCUGCAGUUCCUGCAGGAGAUAUCUGCUGUCAACGUGGCUCUUGUGUCUGAAUGGAAGCACAUGGACAACAGGGGGAAAAAGCUGCUGCAGGACCUGUGGCAGUCACAAAGGCCUUUGGUUUGUCUUCUCACAGAAAAAGAGAAUGUUGCAGCUGGACAAGUUGGCAAAAACAUAAAAAUAGGGAUCAAGAACAGAAAUGAAGCAGAACUGGUGGAAGAGCUGACCAAGAAAAUUGGGAAUCUCCUGGAAGGGUCUAAUUCAUGUUUCAGCCUAGAGGCCUGCAUGGACAAAGCUCGCCAGCACAGAUUAGUUGUGGAUGCAGAUCAACCCGCGUGUGUGACAGCCAAAGCAAAGGCAAAGGAGCUGGUGGAGCUUCUGAAGAAAGAGAAGCUGUCUGAGAUCAAAUCCCGGCUGCUGCCGCUUCAAGGAAAACUGUGGUACCAGUGGUGCCAAAAGGACAAAGAACUCACUCACCUGCAGGAGAAGAGGAACAAGGGCAUUGAGCAUCAUCGCAGCCAAAUUGAAAAUGAGAAGAAAGCAAUAAGAAGAAAGCAACUUGAGCAAGCUUUCCCUCUCAACCCACUGAUGAAAUCAUUCCUUGGCUUUCUCCAGGCCCAAACAGCAGACACCAAGAAAUACUUCCUGCAGUGGAUGAAUGUCUUUAUGGAAGAACUGUCCUGUGGUCGCCUUGAAGAACUGAGGAGAGACUAUCACAAGUUAUGGUCUGAAAUCCUGACAGAAAAAAAAAACCAGGAAAAAAGCAGUGUGAACAAUGAUUUGCUCAAGCAGCUGGAUUCCAUCUCUGAUGAAAUCAGCCAUUCAUCCAUUGGCCUGGAACACCUUCUGAGAGAGGUUGGUCAGAUUUAUGAAGCUCUGCAAUUAAUGAACUGCAAGAAAGACAAUUUUGACAAACUUCCAGAAAUUGCAGCAGAGCUGAUGGUUUCAGGGUACCCUGUGGAGCUGAUGGAUGGGGAUGCUUCUUACCUGCCCUUGCGCUGGGUGGGCGCAAUCUUUGACAGCUUAAUUGAGAGGCUGGGGGACAAACGAGUGUUUGUGCUCUCUGUGCUCGGCAUCCAGAGCACAGGCAAGUCCACCCUGCUGAAUGCCAUGUUUGGUCUGCAGUUCAACGUCAGCGCAGGGAGAUGCACCCGUGGAGCCUUCAUGCAGCUGAUCCCAGUGGGCGAGGAGCUGCAGCAAGACUUGGGCUUUGAUUUUGUGCUGGUGGUUGACACAGAGGGACUUCGUGCCAUCGAGAUGGCCAAUAAACUGUCCCAGAAUCACGACAAUGAGCUGGCCACCUUUGUCAUUGGUGUUGGCAACUUAACUGUGAUCAAUAUCUUUGGAGAAAAUCCAUCAGAAAUGCAGGAUGUUCUCCAGAUUGCUGUGCAGGCUUUCCUGAGGAUGAAGCAAGUCAAUCUUUCCCCAGGCUGCCUCUUUGUCCACCAAAACGUGGGAGAAGCAACUGCCAAGGAGCAGAACAUGGAAGGACAAAGGCGUUUGCAGGAAAAGCUGGAUGAAAUGACCGUGGUAGCUGCUCAGCAGGAAUUCUGUGAUGUCUCCUCCUUCAGCGAUGUCAUUGGCUUUGAUGUGAACACCCACAUUCACUACUUUGCUCACCUGUGGGAAGGAAACCCCCCAAUGGCACCACCCAACCCCAACUACAGCCAGAACGUCCAGCAACUCAAGAGCAAAAUCCUCCAGGCUGCCAAGAAGCAGUCGCAGCGUAGGAUUUUGAGGCUCUCGAGCCUGAAAGAUCGUAUUGGUGACCUCUGGAAUGCUUUGGUGAAUGAAAACUUUGUUUUCAGCUUCAAGAAUUCCCUGGAGAUUGCUGUGUACAGGAAACUGGAAAGUGCCUUUAGUCAGUGGACCUGGAAGCUGAGGAGUCACAUCUUAGAUGUACAGAUGAGACUGGACAACAAAAUUCGGAAUGGGGACUGGCAGAAUGUCACCAGACAACACCUUGAAGGGCUGGUGCAAGAGACAAGUGAUGCCAUUGAGAAAGAAGUGGAAAAGUAUUUCAGGGAAGACAAAGACUGUGAGACACUGGUCCAGUGGAAAUCAAGCACAGAGCUGAAGCUGAAAGACCUAAAAGAGACUCUUCUUCUUGAAACAAAAAAGAAAUGUGAGAAUCUCAUUGAGCUCCAGAAGGAGCAGAGGAAACUGGAUGCAAGGAAGUUGGACUAUGAAGAUGAGCUCUUGAGAAGGAGUCGGGAGCUGGCAGUGAGUCUGAAAGGGAAGAGCCUCAGUGAGAGAGAUCUGAAGGACAACUUUACUCUUGUCUGGAACAAGCGGAUUGCUGAAGUCUCCCGUGCUGCUCCUCCUUUAGAACGGGUGGAUAUUGAUGCAGAAAUUGAAGAUGUCCUUGUAGAGCACUUUAAGGAGCCAGGUUUUCAUGCACGAAUUGCGUCAUUUCCCAAAGGCAGAGGGUUUUCUUUUGAUCCAGAGAAACACAUUAUGAAGAAAAAGUAUUUAGGCUAUUUCUCAGAUCUCAGGAGCAUUCCCAAUGCUGAUAUGAUCAACUUUCAGCACAUCACAGACAACAUCAUAGCGUGUGUGAAGGCAAACAUUGCUAAGAAGGAAGAGGAGAAACGGAAUUACAGUCGAAAUUUUAUCCAUGAAAUACUCAAUGAAGUACAGAAAGGCGUGAACUCUGUCCCCAGCAAUGGGAAAUGUCGUUUUAACAGAGAGUACAGCAUAGAUUUGUCUCUGUAUCUGUGCAGAAUGGCAGCAGAAAGGUUUAAAGCCAUGCAAGAAGCAUUCCGAAAGGCAAAUGACCCAGUUGUGUACCUGAGCAGCAAGAGAGAAUAUUUCUUCCAAUGUUUCCAGAUUUCCUGCCAAGGAGCCACUUCUGUCACAACUUUUGCUAGUUUCCUUUGUGACAAGAUUGAACCAGCUCUUCACCGUGCAGUCUAUGAGAGGACAGCUAAAGACAUUGCUGAGGACAUGCAGGGCAAAUUCCCAGAUUUCCAGGGUAGCAGAGCCAAUCUGGAAGUUUGCAUCCUGAGAUACCUGGCAGAACAGGAAAAUUUUGAGUAUUUCAAGCAGUACCUUAUGUCUCCAAAACAGUUUUUUGAGAGUUACAUUGAGACACGAGUUAGGAAUUACUGUUUAGAUGGGAGUAGAAGGCUGGGGAUGUUUUUAGAGUCCUCCCUUGAUAUUCUCUAUCAAAACAUCCUGUCAGCUGUGUCUUUGUCAGCCCGAAUUGUCAAAGACAGAAAAGACAGAGAAGACAAAAUCUCUCUUUGGCUGGAUGAAUUUUGCAGGCAACUGACAGAGGUGAUCAACUUGCCCAGAAGUGACCUGAAGGGCAUUGAGCAUCAGGAGGUCACAGACAUUGAGUUCCUCAGCAGUGCCAUGGCACAGCCUCUGGAUGAUGUGAGGGACAGGCUCAUGAAAGGAUUUGCUGGUGCUGACCUGAGCUCGUUUUCAAGGCAGCCUCACACCAUCCUGGCAGAGCAUUUUUCGGGGUGCUGGGCGCAGUGUCCCUUUUGUGGGGCUGUCUGCACAAACACCAUGUGGAAUCAUGAUGGAGACCAUCAGGUGGUCUACCAUCGCCCACAAGUUGUCAUGGCAUUUACAUGGUGGAAAAAUCUAUUGAUCUUAAUGGUUAAGGGUGGUAGAUACAAACUGGUCACUGACAUUUGUUCCAGCCUUGUUGUAAGUGACCGCAGAUUUAGAGUUGGUGGUGGUCCAUGGAUCUCUUACAAAACAUACUGUAACGCUGGAGAUAUUUUGUCCACUUGGAAAUUUUUUCCUGAUUCAUCCACGCAGGUGUACUGGAAAUGGUUUGUGUCUCGUUUCAGGACACAGCUGGAAGCUCUGUACAAUGGGAAAUUUCAGGGCAAAAGAGAAAUCCCUGUGGCGUGGCAGAGAAUUACCAAGCAGGAAGCACUGUCUGAGCUGGACAAGCGUUAGGCCACGCCCAUGGGGAGGAAGAACCACAACAGCUUUGCAGAUUAGGAGAACUUUGUACCAGGCUCUCCACAAAAUGCAGAUACAAUAAUGAUACUCUAAAACCAUGUUCACAUAAUGGCAUCUAACAUUUCCCAAAUUUGGUGAAAUAAUGUUACUGUGGCUGCUGCUCAGCAACACCACUUCAUGAGAAAGCCAGAAUCCUCUUGCCUUCUUGCCUGAUCUUCUUAAAGCACCUUCUGAACCUGAAGAAUUAGAAAUUCUUGGUUCAUUAGCAAUGGAAUUUUGUGCUGAAUUUCAGUACCAGGGAGAUCCACAAUUAAAUGUUACUCCCUAUCAUCCUUUGUACAGAAACUCAAGCUUGUGGUGCAGUUGUACUCCCCCAGGGUUCCUUUAGGGUGAAAUUGCUGACCUAGAUGAGUCCCCACAGCAAUUGCCAAAAAGAUAUUAGCCCAUUUGUAGAGAUAGAGCCUGGCAAGGCAUUCCCUCCAAAAUUAAAAGUGGCCCAUGUUGCAUUGGACAGCUCACUGUGAUAGCACUUAAUGUUAAAAAAAGCUACGAAGAUAAAACAUAGAGAAAAAAGAUUUACCCAUCAUUAUGAAGAAAACUGUAAUAGCAAUUUCAAACCCUAGAGCCAUGCAAAAAAAACUUAUGUCAGCUAUAUUUCUACCUUAACUUCUCUCAGCUGAGGCAUUAGAAUGUGGAGGGCUGGUUAUGUGACAAAGGCCACAUAGACAUGCUCUGGAUAGCUGACCAAGAAUUGGAAAAGUACCGGACCCAGCUAAUCUGAGUCCCUGUACCUGCAGGGACACUGUGGUCUUGAGCAUAGCUGUAUUAUGAUAACAAGAUGCUGUAGUUGAGAGAGAGAGACAUGAGAAAAAGAAGAUGUAAGUCCUAAGGAAUGAGGAAGUAAGAGGGGAACUGGUAUCUAUAGUAUAACCAAUAGAUUGCUUAGCUUACAGAAUAUGUAUGAGCUUAUUACUUGUUGUGCAUAAAUGUCUGAUGCUCUAAUCAAUAAAUGAAGCUUUCUGAUCAUUCAUAUUGAUCGUCCAAGCCUCCCUCACCGCGACAUAAUGGUGCCCAAACAGGGACCCUAAAUAGGGCUUGAUCCUCCGAGCCACAGUCUGGUGCAGUAUCCGUGUCGGUCCCGACGCAGCAUGGGAGGCGAAAGACCUGGGCUCCGGGCCCCAAGCGACCCUAGAGAGGGGUCUUGGCUGACUAAGCACUGCCGACGUCUUGCAAGGGCUGCAACAGCGCUGACGACUAGAUUAGAAGGUAAUGGAGAGACAAGUGGCGUAUGAUCUUGUUAAAUGCUUUUUAGAAAAGCGGGGAUUACAAGGUAUUGACCUGGGAAAAGAGCUCCCGGGAUUGUUUGCAUAUGGAGUUGCAAAAGGGUGUUUUGCAGAUCCCAACCAGGUCUUUGAGGAUUUAGAGUGGUGUAGGUUUGGGGAUAAGUUGUGGGAAGCUUUGCUAGAUGAUUGUAAAACUGCAAAGAAGUUAUCUAAAACUUGGCGAAUAGUUGCUAAUGCGCUAAAACAAUACCAGGCAGAGCAGAAGGCUGCUCGAGCAGCCUCCACUCGACUGGGAAUACCUGUUCCUAGUGAGAAUAGCGGGGCCUCAACGUCUACGUUCUCUUAUCCCCUGCCCCCAUCAAUUAACACGGUGAAUUUGCUGGUGGGGACAGCCUCGGCAGCAACUGCCCGAGCCGCCCCAUCCGCGCCACCACUAGCAGUGGGGGAUUGGCCCUCCCCUCUGGCGGGAGGGGACAGUGGGGAAGGAACACAAGAAAUGCUUGACCCAGAGGCAGUGUGAAUUGCUAAUGAACGGCUAUGAGGUUAGCCCGGGUGGAGCUCGAUAAGCUGAAAUCCCCAGGGGGUAUUCCCUCAUACAUGGGAAUUAAACAAGAAAGAGAAGAGCCGUUUGGUUUGUUUAUUGACAGAGUGGCGAAUGCUAUUCAGACAUGCUAUAUGCACGGAGCACUACUAAAGCAAUGUGCAAUCCCACCACUCAGAGUAUACUUGUCACACUCCCUGGUACCUGGACUGUUGAGGAGGCUGUAGAACAAAUGGCUCAGAUACUGGUGGGGCCACAGGCUAUGUUUGUGGAGGCAGUAAGAGAAUUGGGAAGUAGUUUAAAAAAGCAGGUGCAGGCGACGCAGAGUCAGGUGUUGGCUGCCCUUGCCCCCUUGCAAGUGUCAGUAAAUCGGCCUAAAGAAAAAGGACCAUCACGACUCUGAUGCUUCCGCUGUGGAAUUGCUGGCUAUGCGCCAUGGAAUUGCACAAUGGGAGCUUUGUGGUGCCGGCGCUGCAAGUCCGACACAAUGAUUCAGCUUGCAGGCACGUCUCGGGAAACGGGAAGCCCAGCGGGAGGGGUCGCCCCGCUCCGACACAAGUGGUGGCCCAGAAGUCGAGCGCCUUCCCAGCACAAGCGCCUCCUCCCUCCGCCCUGCAAGCAGUGGAAGCCUCGGUUUGGACCUGGCGACCUCAAUAGACUGUACCUUAAUAGACUGCAAUCUGCAACGUAUCCAAACAGGGGUCAAAGGGCCUGUUACAGCAGGUGAACAACCAGUGGGAGCUUUAUUAAUUGGACGCUCGUCUGCCAGCAUGUUGGGACUUACUAUUAUUAUUGGAUUAAUUGAUGCUGAUUAUACAGGUGAAAUACAAAUAAUGGCACAAACGCUAUUCCCACCAUUGUUCAUUCCAGUUGGAUCACAAAUUGCUCAGUUGAUCCCCUUGCCUCAAUUAACCGGACGAACUUUACCACUUGGCGAGCAGUGACGUGGUGAAGGUAGUUUUGGUUCCACAGGAACAAUGGCAUUGUUAACAGUGGACUUAAAGCAUCGUCCUAAAAAACAUAUUGACUUUCAGUAUCAGAGUCAAACCAUCACCCUGGUUGCGCUCCUAGACACUGGCGCAGACGUCAGUAUCAUCGGGACGCAGAAAUGGCCACCCCGGUGGUCCACCCACGCGGCAAAUGCCACAGUUGCAGGAGUAGUGCAGGAGUAGGAGGACUCCCGCUUGCACGGAAAUCCCCUCUGCUGAAGAUUAUUAUAGAGGGAAAGACUGUCACCUGUACAGUUUCUGUAAUACCGCUCCCUGAGGGUGUCCACGCCUUGCUAGGCCACGAUGUGUUGGCACAGUUGGGAAUGGUCCUUACCACAGAUCUCCCUUUAUAGGGACGGCCAUUGCAUGGACUUUCCUGAUCUCACUCCGAUGGAAAACAGAGGACCCGGUGUGAGUUGAGCAACGGCCUUUACAAGGGGAAAGUCUCAUUCAGGCACACAAGCUGGUACAGCAGCAGUUUGACCAAGGACAUCGCCGGCUGUCUGUUAGUCCUUGGAAUACUCCUAUUUUUGUGAUCAAAAAGAAAUCUGGCCAAUAUCGGCUCCUGCAUGAUCUAUGUGCUGUCAAUGAUCAGAUCCAUAGUAUGGGAGCCUUGCAGCCCAGACUGCCUAAUCCUGCAAUGCUCCCUGAAGGAUGGUCCCUCCUCAUUAUUGAUCUAAAAGACUGCUUCUUCACCAUCGCCUUGCAUGAGGCAGAUAAGCAGGGCUUUGCUUUUACCCAGCCUGUGUUGAAUCGAGAAAGGCCUGCCCAAAGAUAUGAGUGGACUGUACUCCCAGCUCUCUAAGUUGCAGAGAUUAACUGGAAACUUACAAGUAGAAUCGAGCUUUGGUGUUGAUAAAUAGCUCAAAUCUUUAGGCCUGAGAUCAUGGCUAUGCUCUAUUGUUAAGGCUAGCAUUAUAGUAGGCAUUAUAGCUUUGUUAGUAAUAUUAGUUUUGCCUUGUUUUUGCAUGUGCUUACAAAAUAUGGUACAAAGAAUGAUAUCUGCUGCAUUUAAUCAAACAUUGCUCCUGCAAAAAGAAAACAGGGGAAUUGUGGAGGGCUGGUUACGUGACAAAGGCCACGUAGACAUGCUCUGGAUAGCUGACCAAGAAUUGGAAAAGUACCGGACCCAGCUAAUCUGAGUCCCUGUACCUGCAGGGACACUGUGGCCUUGAGCAUAGCUGUAUUAUGAUAACAAGAUGCUGUAGUUGAGAGAGAGAGACAUGAGAAAAAGAAGAUGUAAGUCGUAAGGAAUGAGGAAGUAAGAGGGGAACUGGUAUCUAUAGUAUGACCAAUAGAUUGCCUAACUUACAGAAUAUGUAUGAGCUUAUUACUUGUUGUGCAUAAAUGUCUGAUGCUCUAAUCAAUAAAUGAAGCUUUCUGAUCACUCAUAUUGAUCGUCCAAGCCUCCCUCACCGCGACAUUAGAACAAUUAAACCAAUUGGGGCGUUGGCUUAGCAAAGAAGUCAAUACUAUUUCCAUUGCAAUUAGUAACAUGAUGACAGAUGUUAGUGCUGUCAAACCUGCAACCUUACAGAACAGAGCUGCCAUGGAUUUUCCUUUACUGGCACAUAAACAUAGUUUUGAAGAUUUUGAAGGACUGUGUUGUAUGACCUUUUCUGACCAUUCAAUGUCCAUCCACAAAUCAAAUUAAAACAAACGAUAGAUCAUACAUAGAUGACUUGUUUGAAAGAUGGAGUUUUACACCUUAGCUAAAAGAACUUUGCAAAAUAGGUUUAUAGGUAUUCAUAGUUAUUGUAGCAAUGUUAGUAAUAGUGCCUAGUGUACUUCACUGUGCAUGAAAAAUGAUGAACAAGGCCAUCAAAAAAGUUUUGUCUAUCCAAGAGAGAGGGGAAAUGUGAGAAAGAGAUUUGAGGAGAGUUCUCAAGGCCUGACAAAAGGCCCACACAGUAUGCAUCUGUAUGCAAACUUUGAGAUAAGAAAUGCUAACUUAGGAAUGCUAUAGAAUAAGACAGAUAUGGUUGAGAGAGAAAUAGAGCUAGAAAAAAGUUUUGAAAGAUACUCUUGCAAAUAAGAGUAGAUACCUUAGAGAAAUAGAACUAUAAAAAAUGCAUUGUAAGAGCACCCAUAAUGGGUAGUUUUAAAUAAUUGGCUUUAAGACAUCUACAGCAUAGUGUAGCAAAACCAAAUAAGCCGAGAACGCUUAUAAUGUUUUGUAAUUAAGAAAAAGUCAGCUUCUAAUUGUGAUAGAAUGAAUUGGAGCAUCUGUAUUCUCACCCUUCAUAUGAAACUGAAAAACAGAAUGAAAAGUUUUUAAAAUGCCUCUCAUUUACCCCAUUUCUGGGUGAGAAAAGGGCUAAAAUCUGACACCCCAAAGGCAGUUUUCCUGCAGCAAGGAGCUUUCCUGCUUGGAAAAAGGCCUGCAGGGCCUCAGACCAGUUCCAUGCUGGCUGCAAGUUGGGCUGCUUGGCUUUUGGGUGUCAUCCUUCCCUCCCUCAUUGCAGCCUCCUGGAUCAACUGAGACCAUUCUCCCAGCAAGAGCUGUUUUGCCUGUGGGCUCAGGAAAGCAGUGACAUGACCACCCUGGGGCACAGGCAGUGCUUUCACUGCCUGUCUCAGGGGUGCUGUGUCUCUGUCCAGCCCAGCCACUCCUGCUCAGGUGCCUGGGGCUGCUGCCCUUCCCUCCAGCCCUCAGCUCCGGCAGGAGCUGCUCCUGCCCUUGGCCUCUCUGCUGAACAAAAGCCUUUGGAAUGCCCCGAGUGGAGAAUCCUGUCUGCCAGCACCUUCUGCAGCAGCUCUCAGUUUCAGGGUCCUUUCUUUUCUUGGUUCAGCUUUUUCUGAGGUCUGUGGCCAGGCAGAGCAGCUCCCUCAGGUCCUACUGAGCAUCUCAUGUUUAUUGCCUGAUCUUUGACCAAAACAAAGCUAUUGGUAUUACCAAUAUUGUGGACGGGAUGUUCCUUGGCUUGUCUGGCCCCUGUGGCUGAACCAAAUAGUGGCAACUGUGGUGUUUCACCCCAGAGACACUUCUGGCUAGCUGGAUGCUGCAGCUGAGCACAUGGUGACAAGUCCAGGCAUGCCGGGGCUCCGGUGGCUGUGGGAUGGAGCUUCCUCCUGUAACAGGGUCCGUUUUUCAGGUUUACCUCUGAUGGAGAAGCUUUAAGACGGUAGUGAAGGAAAGGAGUUGGUUCUGAUGGAGGGUUUAAAUCCAGAGCUUUUAUUCUGGCCCACAGGUCUCUGAAUCCAGCAACUCCUCCAACAGAACUCUCUGACUGCGUGGUUGCUGCUCCUUUACCUGGGGGAGAGGGGGAGGAAGCCACCAACCAGGUAUGGGAGAGGUCUCAAGGGACAAAGGACACCUGGAUGGCCUAGUGCCCCCUGGGGGUAGAGGGUAUCUUUAGAAUCUGCCCAAACACUCAAUGCCCUUCUGGAAUUCCAGGAUUGACAGACAGUGCUUGGCAGGGGUCAGGGUGGGGAAGGGAGAGGUGGCUGACACACCUGGGAGGGAAUCUUCAGGGGAGAAACCCGUGGUUCUGGGGUAAACCAUGAAAUCACACUGCAACACAAAGCCAAACAGUUCAAGGAAAAAAAAACUGCUCAAGGGUUGCUGCUGCAGCUUCUGCAAGACCAGAAAAAGGAAAAAACACUUCUUGCUUCAGCUAACAAAAAACCAAGCCAGCUAAGCAAUGUAAACUUCUUGCUUCAGCUAACAAAAAACCAAGCUAGCAACAAAGUAAUGCUGUCACAGGGCAUCUAAGAACACCAGGGAGUGAGGCUUGGAACCAAGCCUGCGCAAAAGCCCCAAGGCUCUUGUUGGUGCCUUGGAGGGGCUACCUGGAACAGAUGUUGGGCAAGAUUAAGAAAAUAAAAGUAGGCAUUUAUUAAAGUAUGGGGAGGCAGCUGGGCAGUGGAGCAGGGAGUACUGUGGAGAUGAUGGAUGGUCCAGACAUCCUGGCUCUUGUGGGGAAGAAACCAGGGGAAGUUCAAACAGUUAUGUAAGAGGGGAAGCAAAAAGGAAUGUAGUGAUUUAAGUAAGUCAUAUAAGGCUGCAGGUGCUUGGGGUUAAGCAAUGUAGCUAAGAAACAUUAGUAAUGUGAUUAUUGCUUGGCAGUGGAAAAUUUUAUCUAAAGCUGUUAGAUUAUAUAUACCCAGCUCUAGAGAUAAUAGUAGACAACUUCAUGGCUUCGUUGUAUGAACAAUAAACAAUUUCUUGCUAACAUC